AUGAGUACCAGUGUGGCAUUGUUGAGUCUGGUAUUGCUGAAAAUCAUCCAAAAUGCAGCUUCUAGACAGGCACCUCCUCAGGGCUUCAGAUAUGCCUCUUAUGAUGUGAUCAUCCCAAGGAAGCUGUCUCCCAAGUAUGGGCAAGAAGAACCCCAGCAUGUGAGCUAUCUCCUGCACAUUGAAGGAAAUCCCCAUGUGGUAUUUCUCAGGCAAAGAAGGAACUUCAUCCCAAAGGUCUUUCCUGUCUUCACUUAUGAUACAGCCGGAGAUCUCCAGGUGGAUCAUCCAUUUAUCAAGGAUGACUGCUUCUACCAUGGAUUUAUACAGAGAAAGUCCUCUUCUCGAGUCAUCCUCAGUACAUGUUCAGGAGGACUGAGAGGUCUCCUUCAAAUGGAAAAUAAGACCUUUGAAAUUGAACCAGUCCAGGAAUCUUCUACCUUUCAACACGUGGUGUUUCGGUUAGAAGUGGAGGAAGGGGCUCUCCGAAUGAUUUGUGAAGUAGGAGAGGAACAACAGAGUCAUCAAGAGGACAUAAUUCCUGAAACAGACAAUCUUGGAAACAAAGAUAUUUUUGGUAAAUCCUGGUGGCCACAUACUAGAUAUGUUAAAGUGGCAAUUGUGAUUGAUUACGAACUAUUUUUGCAGUUUCACAGAAAUGAAUCUUUUAUUACGAUGCGAGUUCUAGAUAUUGUCCACACUGCAAAUUCAUUCUAUGAUUCUCUUUCUGUUCAUUUGUCAAUAGCAGGAUUAGUAAUCUGGUCACAAAAAAAUCUCAUAAACAUUACCCAUAGAGCAGAGGACACACUUUCCUCAUUUAAAAUUUGGAGAACAAACCAUCUGCUUACAAUUUUAAAAAAUGAUGUUGGUCACUUAUUCGUAUAUAAAGAUUUUGGGAUAACACUAGGAACUGCAUAUGUUGGAACUAUAUGUAGCAUUUACGCGGCAAGUGCUGUUGAAUCCUAUACAACUCCCAGUUUGUUUCUUAUGUCUGUCAUAUUUACCCAUGAACUGGGACAUGUUCUUGGAAUGAUACAUGAUGGAAAAUAUUGUCAUUGUGGAAAGAGUGAAUGCAUUAUGGCACCAUAUGCAGCAGAGACUGAUAAAUUUAGUAACUGCAGUUAUAAAGAUUACUUCCGCCGUAGAAACACUGGGUGUUUAUUUGUCCCACCAGACACUAACACAACAUUUAAAUUUGAAUCCUGUGGUAACCAAAGAGUGGAAAAAGGAGAGCAGUGUGACUGUGGGUCAGAAACACAAUGCAAGUCAGAUCCCUGCUGUCAAGCUAAUUGUAUGUUGCGCCCUGGGGCUGUUUGUGCCUUUGGACUGUGCUGUGCUAACUGCCAAUAUCGUCAACAUGGAACUGUUUGCAGAGAGAAGAUUAGCAGUUGUGAUCUCCCUGAAUAUUGCAAUGGGACUUCGGAGCACUGUCCAGAAGAUGUGCAUGUGCAAGAUGGUGCCAUGUGCAAUGAUGGCGUGUAUUGUUAUCAUGGGAACUGCACGACUCAUGAUAUGCAGUGCAAAACGAUAUUUGGUAGUGGAGCAACAGUCUCUUCUGAACUUUGUUUCAUAGAAAUGAAUAAUAAAGGUGAUCGCUUUGGCAACUGUGGCCUUAAACAUGGAAUUUACAAGAAGUGCGAUACUGGGGAUAGCCUGUGUGGCCGUAUCCAGUGUAAAAGUGUAGAAAUGCCUUCUUUGGAGGAUCACAGUACAAUAAUUCAUACUUCCAUUAAAUUUGAAGAUUGCUGGGGCACUGACUACCACACUGGGAUGAAGGUAAAUGAUGUUGGAGCAGUGAGAGAUGGAACUCCUUGUGGCAAUAACAUGAUGUGUAUUGAGGGUAGUUGUCUCAAUGUGUCCAUUUUGAAAUAUGACUGUAAUGUCGCAAUGUGCCACGAUCGGGGAGUUUGUAACACCCUCAAACACUGUCACUGUGAUGUUGGAUGGGCCCCUCCGGACUGCAGAAAUAAAGGCUAUGGAGGUAGCAUAGACAGUGGGCCACCUCCAGUUUCAGUACAGGCUAAAGCUAUUAUGAAAACCUCAGCUGUAGUUGGAAUAGUCUGUGCUUUUUGUUUCACAAUUGUUUGUACUGGUCUGGUUAUCUGGUUCAAGAAUGGGCUAAGAAACCCAUCUGGAAAAUUUCAGGGAAGAGUCCAUGCUAUGAAAUCAAAUGAUGAAGGACCACCAGUGUAACUCACCUUUGGUAAGAAUGAAAAACCCAUCCAGUAUAAGCACAGUCAGUUUGAAAAGCAAAGACAUCCAAAAUUUCAUUGUUUAAAGAUGUCUCCCAGACACAUUUUGUAUUGGGAAAUUUGUCUUCAGAGGGGAAGAAACCCCCCGAUCUAUGUAAAGUAGAAUUCACUCAGAAUAAGUCAA